AUGCUGGAGACCUACCUGAACCUUACUGCUAUAGGCUACAAUUGGCAAGACCAUAAUACUGAAGAACAUUGUCAAGGCAGUAGAAGACAUAACAGACGUAAAAGAAUACAUACUGGAGAGAAACCUUAUGAAUGUAUUCAAUGUGGAAAAGCCUUUGCAAGAUCCAGUCAACUCCAAUACCAUAAAAUAACACAUAUUGGAGAAAAACCUUACGAAUGUAAUCGAUGUGGUAAAGCCUUUGCAUGUAACAGUUAUCUCCAAAGCCAUAAAAGAACACAUACCGGAGAGAAACCUUAUGAAUGUAACCAAUGUGGUAAAGCCUUUGCAAUACCCAGUGAUCUACAAAGACAUAAAAGAAUACAUACUGGGUAG